AUGGCGACACACCCCGCACAGCUGCUGCUGGUGCUGUUGGCGGUGACGCUGCUUCCUCUGUGCUCGCCGUCCGUGAUUCGUCGACCGGCAGUCAGCUCCGCCGGCGCCAUCAAUCCCUCUGCCAAAGACACGGUGAUCGUGUUACCUGACCCGAACACCACCCCGGCGCCGAUGGACGCCCGGAGCGGGGCUGCACGGGGAUCAGAGCGGAGACCGGCUACCGCAGACGGGCCCAGGCCGGACAGGGAGGCGCGGAUCAUCAACUACCAGAGCGACAACUACCAGGACGGCUACCACUUCCAGCGAUGCGGCACAGUCUACCUCCCAGGCAGCCGCCGCAUACCGCCCGGCACCUCCGCCCGCAGAUUCGAGACGACCAACGGUAUCAAACACGAGGAGGUGGGCCAGGUGUUCUCGGGGCCGCUGCCGCUGACGGGCGUCAUAUCCACUGAGGGCAGGGUCAGCUGGCACGACCCGGCCGGCGUCCACAUCGUCCUCUACUGGCACGCCGACGAGAACGGCUACCAGCCGCUCGGAAUUAAGAUGGUCAAGCACCAGCAGCCUCCAGAGGAGAAGCGUAACAUCGAGCAGGACUUCAAAAUGCUGCAAGCAAUGCGCGAAAAUAAGCUCAAUGUUCACGAUAAGGAAUCGGGCAUCAGCAUCUUGGAUGAAAAGGACAGGGUGAAUGCCAGAAGUUCAAUCGAUAAUCCUUCUGAUCUUGACAUAAUCGAAAACAGCGUGGAGGCAGAAGCGCUCGUUGAAAGCUCCAAUGAUUUGCCAGACCUCUCUAAGAACGCUGUUGGCUCUGGAGGUCUAAAAGAGCACAACGCUGGUUUUGAGAACACUGUGGAUGCUUCAGGUCUAGCAGAAGCUACUGAAAACUCCCUUGAGAAGACCGCCACUUUAUCGGCACCUCUUCCUGAGCUCCAGACACCCGAUAAACAGCCAUCCGUUUCUCAGGUAACAGAGGGACGGGACGAAGUGAAACCCUCUGUAGGUGACGAUCUAACUGAGGCAUCCGCUAGUGAUGCAGAGUCGCUCCAGGACCGACGGAAGGGACCGCUGGAGCCUCUCCAGAACCUGGAGGCGAGUCCCAUCGGGUCACUCCAAGUCCUGGAAGAGAGACAGGCGGAGCCGCUUCAGGACCUGGGGGAUAAUCAGUUGGCAGAGCCGCUCCCUGGCCAGUUGGAGAGUUCACCUGAUCGCCUCCGGGGCCUUGAAGAUGAGCCGCUGGAGCCACUAGAGGAUCCAAGGGCGCGUCCGCUUGAACCGCCCCAAGGCCUGGAGGCCGGGCCGCUGGAGACACCGAGGAGCGUGGAGUCGAGGCCAAUGAAGUCACUCCAGGACCUGGGGACGCCUCUGACGGAGCCGAUGUCGGACGGCGCGCUGCUGAAGCUCGUCGCUCUGACUGACAUCAGCGGCGUCCCAUCCGGAAAAUACCGCAAGAGAAAAGUGCGUAAGGUGAUUCGGAGGAGAAUCAUCAAACUGUGAACAAACGGUGGAGCUUGCAGAGCACAGUCACGGAUACUUGAAAUGAUAUGCAACUUGCAAGAGGCGUCACCAUUUGUGGAAUUAAAGAUCGUUGCCUGAUAUUCGUGACGAAAUAAUCUGGAUAGGUUUCUUCACGUAUGCUAUUUUUGUAAACGCACUGUUUGCAUUUAUGGGUACCGAUAUGUAGCAAAUAUGCGAUUUUCAAUAGUCCGACACGUAUAUACCCUUGCACUUAGUGCACUACGAGUCCCCAGAAGAAGUCACAAACGUAAACCGCUCUGUAAAAUAAACGGUAAUGAGUUUCAAUAUUUAUGUGCUUGAGAAGUAUUUUGUCAAAGAACUGGACCCCGUCACUCUGUGCUGUUUCGCAAUAAAACCCGUCCAUUCCGGUGUCAGCAACUCACUCCCUAUCAAACCAUGAAAAUCGAAUUUAG